CCCCAGGAAAUCUAAAAGUUUGAACCCCACUUAUCCUGUUUCUGGGUUCACCACUUUUAUUACAUCCGAGUCGUCGUCGUUGUCGUUGUUGUGUUGGGGUCCUCCGAGGAAUCUUUUAUGUGAACAACGACGAUUGAACCAAAACGUGGCUUAAAAAGUAGAAGACUUUGCAACGGAUUUAGAAAGAAAAGACCCAAAAGGAAGAUGCUGAAGAGUGAGGCAUCUCUCUCGAGUUACUGCGAUCCCGUUACUGUAGUAAUCGAUGAGAAUCUGGAGAGAACUGUUACGAUUGGUGAUUCCAUUGACGGCGGCGAGUUCAGUUUUGCGAAACUCAAGGAAGAAGAAGAAGAAGAAGACUGUGGUGAAGGUGAUGAAGAGGUUGUUAUUAAGAAGCUAGGGGUUGGUGACAGAGAUGAACAAGGUUAUGGGAUUGAAAGACCACCAAGUCCUUCUAUGCAUUUAGCUGCAGGGUUAGGGAUCGAUAAGUUUGAUUUGUAUGUUGAUGAGAUCAAAUUUGAUUUGCCCGGUUUUGCUGAUGAGAAUUGUGGUGAUUACUACAAAGGCAUGCUCGAGGAGUAUCCAUUGCAUCCUUUGCUUCUCAAUAACUAUGCCAACUUCUUGGAGUAUAAAGGAGAUCUUAGUGGAGCAGAAGAGUAUUAUCAUAAAUGUACUGUAGUUGAGCCUUGUGAUGGAUUUGCUUUAGCAAACUAUGGUAGAUUAGUAAUGAAGCUUCACAAAGAUGAAGCUAAAGCCAUGAGCUACUUUGAACGCGCUGUUCAAGCAUCCCCUGAGGAUAGUAAUGUUCUUGGGGCAUAUGCUAGUUUCCUCUGGGAGAUAAAUGAUGAUGAGGAGGAGGACUCUCUAACCGGACAAGGAAAAGAAGAAGUUGAGGCUUUUUCGAUUCAAGUCUCUGAUGUUGAGUUUUGUUCUAUUGUCCCCGGAAAGAAAAAGCCUGAUGCAGCGGAAAAAAGCAGCUCAAGCUUGUCAAAGACAGAAGAUGGAGAAACGCUCUGCAGAUACGCGAAAGCGUUCUGGACUAUUAAUGGUGACCAUGAGAAGGCAUUGGUCUAUUUCGAGAAGGCCGUUGAAGCCUCUCCGAAUGACAGCAUUAUUCUUGGAGAGUAUGCUCGGUUCCUAUGGGAAAUCGAAGAAUGACCAUCAAGAAGAGGAAGAAGAUGUCUAUAGCUGAGGAGAAGAUCGAAGGUUGAUAAGCUUUUCUUCUUCAUGGAAACCGCUUGUUGUAUUGUAAGCUUUAAAAGCUUCGCUCAUGUCCGUUAUAUGUUGUUGUAUAUUCAAUUCAGAAACGAGAGAAUCUCGUUAAAAACCAUUUUUAUGUCUUUUGCAGAUUCGAAUGUUUUUUACAGGAUCAAACUUAAUGUUCCAACUAUGUAAUAUAAAUGCUUACUGAUUCACUCGGA